AUGAAUAAGCAAAAAUCAUCUAUUAUAACAACUGCCAACAAUUUUAAGAUUACUGAUUGCGAUGUGAAAUUUGCAAUAAAAUCACUACAACUACUAACCUUUUCAUAUAAUGAUUUUUUAUUCUUGGCAAUAACACUAGGAAGGAGAAGGCUUACCAAAAUACGCAGAAGAACAACACAAUCACUUUCAGUACAAAUUUUAUCUAAGAGAGAGAUAAAAAAAAAAGUUAUAAAGAGCUUUAACAUAUAA